UCGUGCGUGCUUCUAGGCAACUUCAGCACAUCCCUCUCUAUUGAAGAAAAGAAAGCUGAAGCUUUUGACCUCCACAACUCUCGACAUCGGUCUCCUCAGAGUACUGCUGCAACUUGAAGAUGAUCGGAGUUGCAUUUACAAGAGUCUACGAACAACAAGUUACUUAAGCCCAAGGCUAGUUAUUCAUUCACAAUGGAACAGAAGAGAAAAAUAUGUGAGUGGGUGGCAAGCUUCAAAAAUGCCAGAUGGAUAUGCCAAAAUUUGGAAAGAGAUUUGACAUGGAGCGUGGAAUAUUACAUGGGAUGAAAAGUCACGACUCUCAUGUUUUCAUGGAACAAUUACUUCCGAUGGCAGAGAUCAGUUUGUUCUUCAAAGACUUGUGUUCCAGCACAUUGAGAACAGAGAAUCUAGUUCCAAUGGCCGAAAAUAUUGUUUUCAUUACCAAUAAGUUGGAGAAGAUUCUUCCACCUGGGUUCUUUGAUGUGAUGGAACAUCUUCCCAUUCACCUUGUUGGUGAAGCCCUACUUGGUGGCCUAGUUCAAUAUAGGUGGGUGUAUCCUUUUGAGCGAAGCAUUGGCAAGUCUAAACGGGGUAUGAAGAAUAAACAUCGAGUGGAGGGAUGUAUGAUUCAAGUGUAUCUAGCUAAAGAAAGGUCCCACUUUUUUUCUUACUACUUUGAUGAUUAUGUGUCAUGUUUGAGAAACAGACCUAAUCGACAUGAUGAUACUGAGAAUGAUCUGGUAGUAAAGUCAUUAUCAAUCUUCAACCAACCGGGUAAGGAUUCAAAAAGUGUACAUUGCGCAAACUUACCGAAAAAGGAGAAAAAAUCUGCAGAGCUUCAUGUUUUGUUGAAUUAUCCAGAAGUCCAACCCUUCUUAGAUUAUUGUGUGAGCCAAUAUGGUCAUGAUCAAGUGUUUACAUCAUUUAUACUGUGGUAUACUAAUUGGAAAAUGCUGACACAUUUGAUCAAUUUUUCAAGGAUAUUUCUUGGGUACCGAUUACUGUUCAAACGAUGUCCUAAUAUAUCGUUAAUAUGUUUAUACGAAUGUGUCAGGAAUACCAUAGUACUCUACCUCUUGAGAGUCGGGACAAAUCAUUUACACAAGAAGAAAGUGAGAAUCUAUUGAAACAAAGUGCAAGUGAACCGAUUAGAGGUUCAGUCUACGGCUAUCGAGAAAAGACAUAUCAAAAGAAGCAGGGUUGGUAUUGUGGUUCAUCAUCCUCCAGCUUCGAUGGCUGGGAUAAAGAGACAACAUAUGCAAUGGAAGGUAAGAUAACUUUUCUCAAUGCCGAGCUAGCUGCUGUAGCCGACAGAGAGAGGAAGAGAGGUGGAGAUUGCGGCAUCAAAGGAGGCAGAGAACAAGAGGUAUGCGGCGGUUCAGGCUCAACUAACUUUUCUUUUUGAAUCAGGAAAUAUUCUUCCUCCAUGUCCCACAAGUAGUGAUGAUGGAGCUGAUCAAGAGGGUGAUGAGAAUGAUAAGGGUGAUAAGGAGAGUGACGGUGAUAACGAGUAGUUGUAUUGGUUUGACAUUUUACACUUCUAUAUUUUUGUAAUUGUUUGAUCGUAUUGUAGUUUAAUUUGAAGUUGGAUGAAGUUUAUUUUGAAA